AUGAAUUGCUAAUUAAUUUAAAGAGAAUUAGUAAAAGUGGUAUAAUUAUCAAUUUCUGAUAUUGGAUAUUAUUCAAUAAAGAAAUAUAAAUAAGACAAGAUUAAGCCAGUUCAUGAUACUGUUAUAAUUUUAGAAGAUUAAUAAGAUUUAUGGAUUGAAUUAUCAACAUAGGAAACCUCAGAGAAAGUCCAAUUGAUACUUAAUAAGGCUAUUUAAAAAUUAUCGCAUAGUGUUAAAAUUUGGUUGAAUGAUGGAAAUAAAGAAUAAGAAAAACUUAUGCUAAAAUUCAAUUAUUAUAAAGAGCCUUUGAAUUUAUUCCUAAUAGUGUAGAUAUUUGGAAUGAACUUGUUAGUUUAUCAAGUGAAUAAGAAGCAACUAUAAUACUCUUAUGUAAAGCAGUUGAAUAUAUUCUUAAGAAUUUAUCAUUUUUGUUGA